CUGCGAGGAAGCGUCACCGCUGGGAUGGCGUGUGCGAUCAACGACCUGGGGGUCGCGGAUGCGUUUGACCUUGUGCUUGGCUCAUCGGCUGGCUCCAUUGUUGGAUCUUAUCUGGUUGCUCGUGCUGACCAUCGCACGACCUAUCAGUUCUUCUGCAAUUACCUAACAACUUCCAAGAAUCACCUCAACGGCACCAGUUGGCUUGACAUUUCAAGGCUCACUAAGCUGCUUUCCCCCAUCCGCCCUGAUUUCUCGCCAAAAUCUCCUGUCAUGCUACUAGAGUACCCCAUGAAACACAUCAUGCAAGAACUCUUGCCCUUGAACUGGACGGUCUUUGAACGCAACAACAAGCAUCAGCCGAUGAAAGUGAUCGCUUCGGGCUUGUUCUCUCAAGGCCCGGUCAUUCUCGGGACUGAGGAGGACAGUUUCAAUGAUCUGUCUUCUCUUUGUGACUGCAUCAAAGCUUCUUGCAUGUUGCCCGGCAUCGCUGGCAUUCAACCCAUCUGGAUCAAAGGAAGCUCAUCUCGCGAUCCUGAGAAUCUCAAGCAGGGGGAGGUUUCCGACUCGCUCGCAAGCUUCGUUCCUGAGGUAGAGCCCUUGGUGGACGCUCUGGUCUAUGAGCCCAUCCCCUAUCGCUCCGCCUUGUCCUCCGGCUGCUCCCAUGUCCUUGUGCUACGCUCGUAUCCCGACGGAAACUUGAUGCCCAAGAGUUUGCUGGGGAUCUUUGAGAGACUCAUAGCGCCAAAGUGUUUGGACCCCUUUCCCAAGGUCAAGAAGCAUCUGCAUGACGCGGGGCACUCUAUCAUCUACGCCAAGGACAUUCUCUUGCUGAACCAGCAGGCGAGCAAGGGACUCGUCUCGAAUCAGGCUGCAGACGAGGGAAGGCAGGAGGAGGAAACUGAUCCUCGUCUCUUUGCGAUAGCGCCACUCGAUGUCGACGACGUGAUCUCGCAGCUUGCGCUUGACAGGAACGUGCUGCUUGCUGGGAUCCUGCAGGGGUUUGUGAGGGCGUACGACAUCCUUGGGGAUCCGUCUCGCUCCUUGACGGGAGCAGAGAGAGCCAUCGACUUGUUC